UCCUAUGUAACUUAAAUGGCAAAUUCUUGCCCAGCUUGUCGCAAGGCUUGUUUCACAUGUUUAAAAAAUCCAAAUAUAAAAAGAAACAUUCAAGAUAUAACUCAUGAGCCUCUCCCGGACAUAAAUAAAUUUAAAAAAGAUUUAGCUCUGUUUUUUGACGAAAUUGUAAAAGGUCACAAUCGAACUGGAAGUGACUCAAAAGCCUUCAUAGAGGCCACAAAACGCGAUGCUCUUUUACUUCUGGAAAGUGAACUGAAUAAGCUUGCAGCCUCUGCACCAGCAGGAGAGCAAAAUCGCAUACGCAAAGAGUUCAAUGGAUUUAGUGAUCUCUUUAAAAGGUUUUUGGAAGAAUCCGGCCCUUCAGUAAACUGGGAUAAAAUCGAAAAGUUGCCGCAAGAUGCCGUACGAGAUUACAGCUCAUUGGACACCCCUACUGCUGAUCUUCUCCAUCAGAUGUUGAACAAAUUGGUAGUUGUUAAGUUAAAUGGUGGUCUGGGUACUUCUAUGGGUUGCUAUGGCCCUAAGUCAGUUAUCACUGUCAGAAACGAUCUUACGUUCUUAGAUUUAACCGUACAACAAAUUGAGCAUCUGAACAAAACCUACAAAGUGAAUGUUCCUCUAGUUCUAAUGAAUUCAUUUAAUACUAACGCAGAUACGGACCAAGUAGUGAGAAAAUAUAAAAAUUUAAACGUAGAAAUCCAUACUUUCAAUCAAUCGUGCUACCCGAGGAUCAAUAAGGAUAGUUUAAUGCCCAUUGCCAAAGAUUGCGAUAUAAAUAAACAUAUGGAGGCCUGGUAUCCUCCUGGUCACGGAGAUUUUUAUGAGAGCUUCUAUAACUCUGGCCUACUAACAAAAUUCAUUAAAGAAGGAAGAGACUACUGCUUCAUUUCUAACAUAGAUAAUUUAGGUGCCACUGUCGAUAUAAAUAUCUUAAAUUUGUUGAUGAAUAGUUCUGAAAAGGAACAUGAAUUUGUCAUGGAAGUUACUGAUAAGACUAAGGCUGAUGUUAAGGGUGGUACCUUGAUCCAAUAUGAAAAUGGGCUCAGGCUCCUUGAAAUUGCGCAAGUACCCAAAGAGCAUGUAGAAGACUUUAAAUCGGUAAAAACGUUUAAGUUUUUCAAUACUAAUAAUCUGUGGAUCAAGCUGCCAGCAAUCGAAAGAAUUCUAAACGAACGUUCCCUCCAAUUGGAAAUUAUUGUAAACGGUAAAAGCUUAGACAAUGGCCUUAACGUAAUCCAACUAGAAACGGCCGUGGGUGCCGCCAUGAAAUGUUUCCAAGGAGCAAUAGGAGUCAACGUACCGAGAUCUCGCUUCUUGCCAGUAAAGAAAACCUCCGAUUUGUUGUUGGUGAUGAGCAAUUUGUACAACUUGAAAAACGGAUCGUUGGUGAUGUCGCCGCAAAGAAUGUUCCCCACUACUCCGCUGGUUAAAUUGGGCGACAAUCACUUUUCGAAAGUAAAACAGUUUUUGAACAGAUUCGCUAAUGUUCCAGAUUUGUUAGAACUGGACCACUUGACCGUUUCAGGUGAUGUCACUUUUGGCCGAGGAGUAUCUUUAAGGGGCACUGUGAUCAUCAUUGCAAACCACGGAGAUAGAAUAGACAUCCCAUCCGGAUCAAUUUUGGAAAAUAAAAUCGUCUCGGGCAAUAUGCGAAUCCUGGAUCAUUAAGUUGCUUACAAGUCCUAGUCAAUUAGUUUAAUUUGCUUACUAAAGUUUUUCUGUUUUUUUUUUUCAGUUUAUUAUAGAACAAAAAUUAGUUGUUCUUUCUCAAAAAUUGUUAUGUUUUGUUUGAAUUUAAAAUAUAAACCCACCAUGAUACAAUUUGGCUUAAUAAAUUUUUAUUUAUUCAUUA